UCCUCCUUCUCUUCUUCAGCGCUGGACACGGAGGAUCGCUCCGCGGAUGCAGGAAGGAUGAAUGGACUUUAAAUCUGCCUCCCAACUUUCAGUGCCUCUCCUGCUCUCCCUCCCCCGCUCCUUCACGAGCUGAAAUCUGCCAGAAGAUAUCUCUGACAAUGGAUUUACUGCAAUCACGAUGCUAUUGAGAAUGAUCACAUCAUCAUCAUCUUCUUAUUCUUCUUCUCGCUCUGCGGAUGCUCAUUAGAGUGGGGAGUCGUGAUGAUGGCAACGAUAGGGGAAUUCGACCCGCUGAACACCAGAGUCCCUGCAACUAAAAUAGAAGUUACAGUCUCCUGCCGGAGUCUGCUGGAUGUGGAUACAUUCUCCAAGUCAGAUCCAGUGGUCGUGUUGUAUUUGCAGGCCGUUGGAACCAAAGAAUGGAGAGAGUUUGGCAGAACAGAGGUAAUCGAUAACACUCGGAAUCCGGAUUUUGUCAGGAAGUUCGUCCUGGAUUUCUUCUUUGAAGAGAAACAAAAUCUACGGUUUGAUGUGUACAAUGUGGACUCCAGAAGCUGCAACAUAUCCAAACAUGAGCAGAAGGACUUUCUGGGCCAGACCUUUUGUACACUCGGAGAAAUCAUCGGCUCCACGGGAGGGCGGUUGGAGAAGACCCUCUCUGGGAUUCCAGGGAAGAAGUGUGGAGUCAUUAUCUUUGCUGCAGAGGAGCUCAGUAACUGCAGGGAUAUUGCUACCAUGCAGUUGUGCGCCAACAAGCUCGACAAAAAAGACUUUUUUGGCAAAUCGGACCCCUUCCUGGUUUUCUUUCGGAGUAAUGAGGAUGGAACGUUCACCAUCUGUCACAAGACGGAGGUGAUAAAGAACACCCUGAACCCAGUGUGGCAGCCCUUCACCAUCCCAGUUAGAGCUCUCUGCAAUGGUGACUACGACAGGACUGUGAAGGUAGAUGUCUAUGACUGGGAUCGAGAUGGAAGCCAUGACUUCAUUGGUGAGUUCACCACCAGCUACAGAGAGCUGUCUCGGGGGCAAAACCAGUUCAAUGUCUACGAGGUUUUGAAUCCCAAGAAGAAAGGAAAAAAGAAGAAGUACGUCAAUUCUGGAACUGUUACUCUGCUGUCCUUCAAAGUGGAGUCUGAGUAUACAUUUGUGGAUUUCAUACGAGGAGGAACACAGAUCAACUUCACCGUGGCUAUAGACUUCACAGCCUCCAAUGGUAAUCCCUCACAGCCCACUUCCCUCCACUAUAUGAGCCCCUACCAGAUGAAUGCAUAUGCCAUGGCCCUGAAAGCGGUCGGUGAGAUUAUCCAGGACUACGAUAGCGACAAGCUCUUUCCUGCCUAUGGCUUCGGAGCUAAACUCCCCCCCGAUGGCAAAAUCUCUCAUGGCUUCCCGCUGAGUGGUGACGCUGACAAUCCAAACUGUGUGGGCAUAGAGGGAGUUCUGGAAGCUUAUUUCCGGAGCCUGAAGACGGUGCAGCUGUACGGACCCACAAACUUUGCUCCUGUUAUCAACAAAGUGGCAAACUAUGCAGCAGAGAUUACAGAUGGCUCUCAGUAUUUUGUCCUACUGAUGAUCACAGAUGGAGUGAUAUCUGACAUGGUCCAGACCAAAGAGGCUGUGGUCAAUGCAGCAGGACUCCCCCUGUCCAUAAUUAUCGUAGGCGUUGGACCUGCCGAGUUUGAUGCUAUGGAGGAGCUAGAUGGAGAUGAAGUGAGGGUGUCCUCCAGGGGACGUCUUGCCGAGAGAGACAUUGUGCAGUUUGUCCCAUUCAGGGACUACAUCGACAGAUCCGGCAACCAGGUCCUCAGCAUGGCCCGGCUGGCUAAGGACGUCCUCGCCGAAAUCCCUGACCAGCUGCUGUCUUUCAUGAAGAGCCGGGGCGUCGAACCCCGACCGGCCCUCUCUUCCUCGCCGCUACCGGAGCUUCACCGACACAUCUGACUCCGGACUCCAACCCCCCCCACCCUAGGUCUCUGCCUCCCCAACAUGUCUCACCCUGUCUCCACUCACCUCCCAUGCAGCCGUUUGUUAUUUUAAAGUAGGAGCAGAAGGAUGGACCUGGCAAAUUGUCCUUCGCUGUGUCUCACAUCAAGGUGACACAGCGGGCGCUCAUCCUAACAAAUCUUUUCUUCUCUAACACAUACAAUUAUGUAAAUAGCAUUACUUUCAGUUUUUAAACUUUUGGAUUUUUUCAAAAUUUUGUUAAUUACAUUUCCCCGGAAAUGUCUGUUCACAAAAGGUUUUCACAUUUGUUCUCUGGGACACCCGUCUUAUUUUGCAGCAUUCCCAGACCAUAAAUGAAACUGAAGCCAGUCCCCAAAAGAUGGGCAAUAAACGCCAGUUUGUAUCAGGUAAUUGGGGGGGGGGGGUAGUUUUGGCCGAGCUUGGGGUGGAAUCUGGAAUCUGGGGUAUUUUGUCGCCAUGUGGACAGGUGUUUGUUCAUUUGCCGUCAGCGUUAUUGAGCUGUGCCAAAUGUCUUUAAAACUGAUUUUGAGGCUGACAAACAAUUAGUUUAGUCCAAGGUGGAUUUUUAAAUUGCAACGUGUGCCUCCUCAGGGCGAGUUAAUGAUGGCUUAGAGAAAGGUGGAUUUUAGCAUCCAAAAGUAGUCAUUGUGGUUAGGCUUCUUAUCAGCCAACAGCUCACAUGAAGCAUUAUACAUAUAUAUAUAUAUAUACUGCUGGUGGUCACUCG